AUGUAAACGAAUGCUUGACAAAUAACGGAGGUUGUGAAGGACUUUGCAUCAACACACCGGGAUCGUACAGGUGUCAUUGUCCACCUGGCUUUAUGGUAGCUGACACCAAAUGCGAAGAUAUUGACGAAUGCUUGUUGCGCAACGGRCACGGACCGUGCCAAGGCGCGUGCACCAACACUUGGGGCGGUUACAAGUGUUCGUGUCACGGCAUACCGGGCACCAGGCUGGCCGACGACCGGCACACUUGCGACGACGUGGACGAGUGUCGGGACGGCACGGCCGGGUGUUCGCACCAGUGCAUCAACACGGUGGGAUCCGCGUUCUGCUUGUGCCCGGACGGAUUGCAGUUGGACGAUGGCUGGAAAACGUGCGUGGACGUGGACGAGUGUUCGGACCCGGAGCUGCAGCAGGCACCGAACGUUUGCACCGAACGCGGCUUGACGUGUCUGAACACGUACGGCUCAUAUAAAUGCGUGUGAAGUGGCGGGCCGAAUGUGGAUCAUAAUUAUGUAGUAGGCACAAUAUGAAUUACGCUCUAUUAAAGAUGAAUUAACGAUGCUGUGUAAUGCUAUACAACCACUUAAUACAACACUGCUAGCAGCAUACUCACGUAUUACCCAAAACUCACCAAUAUUAAUUUACUAGUCAUGAGAGCUGUUGUUAUCGUCUGUUGGCUAUUGUUAUUAAUUAUAUUAUCAUAUAACCCACAUUGGUCACAUGUUGUUGUUAUUAUUAUUUUAUUAUUAUUUUACCAUAAUUUGUAUAUUUUUUUAAGCUUUUGAUACUUUACAAUUGUAUUUAAAACACACGUAUACUGCAUAUUCAUUGACUAAAUAUACGUACUUAACCAAUGGUAAGUGUGUGCACGCACACCCUUCCAAUUUUCAACUACUAAUAAUUACGAUUAAAAUAAUCACGAUAUGUAUUUUAUGAGAUGUAUUUUAUUAUUAACCUGUUAUUUAAUCAGUAAUAAAUUUAGUUAUAUCUACAUAAAAUGCGUAAAACCACUAGGUAUAAUUAAUCAUUUAAACCAUAAAAAUGUCAUAACA